AUGUCUCUGUCCAGCAUCCCCGCCGUGAAGGACAAGCCGUUCCACUCCAACCCCCUCAAAGCCAGGCCUGUCCGGGGUUCGGGUUACUACGCUGCCCCGCUGCCCGGAGCCCAUCACUACAUGAACAUCUUCAGGAGCUCUCAGCAUGCCCUCCACCCGCUCAAGUCUCUGGGACGGCUCGUCACCGACACCCAGGCAGUCAUGCCGUUCAACUUCACCACGGGAACACCCUCGUUCUUCGGCAACGGCGGCCACCAAGCCACCGCCGUUAACGUUCUACACGAGCAGAUCUUCAACGUGUCGCACAUCCCGUACUUCAACCGGAUGAUGCCGGGAGUAGGACACACGAUUUACUCCAAGCACGAGAAGCUGGCAGCGGUGGUGACCGAGCACGCCCUCGGCCCGUUAUCCGUUGGCCUAUCAGACUUCAGCAGUCCUGCCUCGAGCAAGAGGUCCUCCGCUCCCUCACCCUCGCCGUCUAAAGAAAGUGUAUUCCACCUCAGGGGAACCGAACUAUCACCGGAGAAAACGCGCACUUAUAGUUUCAGCGAGGACGACCUUUUCAUGGUCCUGUAUGGAUGUUCCCGGAGCCAGGUGCAGAAUUCCGGUCAAGCCAUCUCCGGUGUAGCCCUGCUUGGAAACUCAGUUUGCAACAGCGAACAACUCACCUUGGAAACUGAGGCGCUGGGACUUCCAGAAGGGUUAUCUAUCCACCAGACAAGUUACGGCAGUCUGUCCCACUACGGAGUUUACGCAGAGAAGAGUGCCAUCACAAAGGGAACCCGGUUCGGCCCAUUUCAGGGGAAACUGGUCAAUACCAGCGAGAUCAAAACAUAUGACGACAACACGCUGAUGUGGGAGGUGUUCGAGAACGGCGGGUUGAGUCACUUUGUCGACGGCCGGGGCUCGUCCGGUAACUGGAUGUCCCUAGUGAAGUGCGCACGCUUCCCAGAAGAGCAGAACCUGAUCGCGGUACAGAGUAAGGGCCAGAUCUUCUACGAGGCCUGUAAGGAGGUCCAGCCGGGCCAGGAGCUGCUGGUCUGGUACGGGGACUGCUAUGUUCAGUUCCUGGGGAUUCCUCUCACUCUGAAGGACUCGCUGGAGGAGGGGAAUACCAUGCUGCCACUUGAAGACUCUGGAGAGGGUUUUAAGUGUGAUCGGUGUGGCAAAGUGUUCGCCUAUCAAUACUACAGAGACAAGCAUCUGAAGUACACGCGCUGCGUGGACCAGGGCGACCGGAAGUUCCCGUGCGACCUCUGCAGCAGGUCGUUUGAGAAGAGAGACCGACUGAGGAUCCAUGUACUACACGUUCACGAGAAACACAGACCACAUAAGUGCUCAGUGUGCGGGAAGAGUUUCUCUCAGUCUUCAAGUCUCAACAAACACAUGCGCGUGCACUCUGGAGAGCGCCCUUACAAGUGUGUGUACUGUAACAAGGCCUUUACUGCCUCCAGCAUCCUGCGCACGCACAUCCGCCAGCACUCCGGAGAGCGGCCUUUCAAGUGUAAACACUGCGGGAAAGCCUUCGCCUCGCACGCGGCUCACGACAGCCACGUCCGGCGCACCCACGCCAAGGAUAAACCCCACCCGUGCGACGUAUGUAGAAGCACCUUUCAAGAAGCGACAGAACUCAAUAACCACAUGAAGAGUCACACAAAAAGACCCCUCUCAGAAACCACGGUUAACCCCACCAUCUCAAUAAACGGAUCUUUGGAGGAUACAACAACGAUGCUUUCAGUCACCAAGGACUGCAGGACGCAAAGACUGACGGAGGAGAACAUCUCGUACACAGGACUGACGGUUCUGAACCCAGAAUAUCGACCCUGGAACUAA